GCUGCUGGUAUCAAGGAAUCCCGGCGUGGAGAGCGCGAGGGCAAAGAUGGCGGCGAUGGCGGUCGGUGGUGCCGGUGGGAGCCGCGUGUCCAGCGGGAGGGAUCUGAAUUGCGUCCCCGAAAUAGCGGACACACUAGGGGCUGUGGCCAAGCAGGGGUUUGAUUUCCUCUGCAUGCCUGUCUUCCACCCGCGUUUCAAGAGGGAGUUCACUCAGGAACCUGCUAAGAAUCGGCCUGGCCCCCAGACACGAUCAGACCUACUGCUGUCAGGAAGGGACUGGAAUACGCUAAUUGUGGGAAAGCUUUCCCCAUGGAUUCAUCCAGACUCAAAAGUGGAGAAGAUCCGCAGGAACUCUGAGGCGGCCAUGUUACAAGAGCUGAAUUUUGGGGCAUAUCUGGGUCUUCCAGCUUUCCUGCUGCCUCUUAAUCAGGAAGAUAACACAAACCUGGCCAGAGUUUUGACCAACCACAUCCACACUGGCCACCACUCCUCCAUGUUCUGGAUGAGGGUACCCUUGGUGGCACCAGAGGACCUGAGAGAUGAUAUAAUUGAAAAUGCACCUACUACACACACACAGGAGUACAGUGGGGAGGAGAAAACGUGGAUGUGGUGGCACAAUUUCCGGACUUUGUGUGACUAUAGCAAGAGAAUUGCAGUAGCUCUUGAAAUUGGGGCAGACCUCCCAUCUAAUCAUGUCAUUGAUCGUUGGCUUGGGGAGCCCAUCAAAGCAGCCAUUCUUCCUACCAGCAUUUUCCUGACUAACAAGAAGGGAUUUCCUGUUCUUUCUAAGAUGCACCAGAGGCUGAUCUUCCGUCUCCUCAAGUUGGAGGUGCAGUUCAUCAUCACGGGCACCAACCACCACUCAGAGAAGGAAUUCUGCUCCUACCUCCAGUACUUGGAAUACUUAAGCCAGAACCGCCCUCCACCCAAUGCCUAUGAACUCUUUGCCAAGGGCUAUGAAGACUAUCUGCAGUCGCCACUCCAGCCACUGAUGGACAAUCUGGAAUCGCAGACCUAUGAAGUGUUUGAAAAGGACCCCAUCAAAUACUCGCAGUACCAGCAGGCCAUCUAUAAAUGUCUGCUGGACCGCGUCCCGGAGGAAGAGAAGGACAGCAAUGUCCAGGUACUGAUGGUGCUGGGAGCAGGCCGGGGUCCCCUUGUGAAUGCUUCCCUGCGGGCCGCCAAGCAGGCUGAGCGGCGGAUAAAGCUGUAUGCCGUGGAGAAGAACCCAAACGCUGUGGUGACGCUGGAGAACUGGCAGUUUGAAGAAUGGGGAAGCCAGGUGACAGUAGUCUCAUCAGACAUGCGGGAAUGGGUGGCUCCAGAGAAAGCGGACGUCAUUGUCAGCGAGCUUCUGGGCUCCUUUGCUGACAAUGAGCUGUCACCGGAGUGUCUGGAUGGAGCACAGCACUUCCUGAAAGAUGACGGAGUGAGCAUCCCCGGGGAGUACACCUCCUUCCUGGCUCCCAUCUCCUCCUCCAAGCUGUACAACGAGGUCCGAGCCUGUCGGGAGAAGGACCGUGACCCUGAGGCCCAGUUUGAGAUGCCCUAUGUGGUGCGCCUGCACAACUUCCACCAGCUCUCUGCACCCCAGCCCUGUUUCACCUUCAGCCACCCCAACAGAGAUCCUAUGAUUGACAACAACCGCUACUGCACUUUGGAGUUUCCCGUGGAGGUGAACACGGUGCUGCAUGGCUUUGCAGGCUACUUUGAGACUGUGCUUUAUCAGGACAUCACCCUGAGUAUCCGUCCAGAGACUCACUCUCCUGGGAUGUUCUCAUGGUUCCCCAUACUCUUCCCCAUUAAGCAGCCCAUUACAGUGCGGGAAGGCCAGACCAUCUGUGUGCGUUUCUGGAGAUGCAGCAGUUCCAAGAAGGUGUGGUACGAAUGGGCUGUGACUGCACCGGUCUGUUCUGCGAUCCAUAACCCCACAGGCCGCUCGUAUACCAUUGGCCUCUAGUCCUGGGUGCAAGCAUCUAGGGCCUGCCUAGAUAGCACAAAAGGUGCAGUACACCUAGGGGUGCAGAACAUCUGUGAGUCCCCUUGCCCGUCUGAGAGGAGCCUUUCAGUCUGCUUUGCUACUUUCCAACAAGAUGGGCAAAGGAUAAGAUUAACUGCAGGGCUCAAGCCAGCACUCUACCAAGGUCGAGGGCCAGGGUGUACGGAAUUACAGUGUGGGAUGUGAGGCUGCAUCAACAGGCACUCAGCCUUAAGGACUUUGUGGAAUGGCCCUGAGAACAUGUGAUUGAACUGCUCUUCCGCCCUUUCCCCGUCCUUCUCUGUUCUUGUUUUGGUGGUUUUGCAUAAGAGGAAAUACAAAUAAAGCGAAGUUAUGGCUCUGC